ACGUUGCCUACAAAUUCGGUGGCGCAGACGCCAUUUUAUUUUCUCUCAGAGGAAACUGCGUUCAAAAUGCCGGAACCAGCCAAGUCCGCACCGGCCCCUAAAAAGGGCUCCAAAAAAGCGGUGACCAAGGCUCAGAAGAAGGACGGCAAGAAGCGCAAGCGCAGCCGUAAGGAGAGCUACUCCGUGUACGUUUACAAGGUGCUGAAGCAGGUCCACCCGGACACCGGCAUCUCGUCCAAGGCCAUGGGCAUCAUGAACUCCUUCGUCAACGACAUCUUCGAGCGCAUCGCGGGCGAGGCGUCGCGCCUGGCGCAUUACAACAAGCGCUCGACCAUCACAUCCAGGGAGAUCCAGACGGCCGUGCGCCUGCUGCUGCCCGGGGAGCUGGCCAAACACGCGGUGUCCGAGGGCACCAAGGCCGUCACCAAGUACACCAGCUCCAAGUAGAUAUAUUUGUAGCAACUGUCAAACCCAAAGGCUCUUUUCAGAGCCACCUCCUGUUUUCACUAUCAGAGCUGCGCACGAGAGUGAA